CGGCAUCGGCGAUCGCGGCGCUGCGUACAGUGCGCGCGCACCUCGCCAUGCGCACACGUCCGCCCUAUGGCGCGUCGCCUGGCGCUGCUCGCGCUGCUCCCGCUGGCGCUAACAUACGCGGUAGCUCUACGCUCGCCUGCCUUAUCCAGACCCACUCACCAUGCAUACUCCGACUACGACUCCCUGGACCCACUCGACUGGGACGACUACAAUACAUACGAAACGUCCCCCGUUCCGAGAUCAGAUAAACCGAGUGCCAAAGUUAUACUUAGGGGUCAUGUUCCAAAAAUUAAUGUGUCUACAAAGAAUAGCAAACGUGAUGAUAAGAAUAAAGUGAUUAAAACUAGCAUUAAAAUAGAGAGUUAUACGAACAUUAUAGUGACUAAGUCGCCUCAAGUUAUAAAUAGAAUUAAAGUGACAGCGGGCACGAAGGUUCCGCAUAAGCCCACAAGAGUCCCCGUCCCUAACGGCUGGGAGGCAGAACUGUAUCAAAAGCCGUCCUCAACUACGAAGCGGCCAACGGCGCGUCGAUCUACGACCCCUCGUCGUGCGGCCACCACCGUGCAACCCACGAAGGCCACGCGCCGCCCUGUCGUCCCCACGGUUCCUACUCGUCGGCCGACGGCUUCUCGUCGACCGGCAAACAAGCCUCGCACGACGACAAAAAAGCCGAAACCGCUGAAAAAUAAGAAGCCGUGCCCUCAAAAAAAUGUCGGAUGGCUGUCGUCAUUUUUUCAAGAAAAUGAUUUGAAAAAAUCGCCUAAAAAAGAAGUUAAAACAGGUUGGUUUGUAGGUAUAUUCUCUUCAAUAUACAAAUGGCUAUGGGGUCGAUCAUCGUGGUUUGGUGGUGUAUGGUUAGACGAUACUCAAUCGAAACAGUCAUCUACCACAUCGACAACUCCUGUCCCACUUACCACGUCCACUAAUAACUGGUUCCAAGCCAUGUUACAUUCGGAAGAAAACGAUGACACGCUACCUAGUCAAUCUGUCAAAAAGCCCGCAAAGAAAUCUCUUAAGAAGAAUUACAAAGGGUUUCAAUUAAUAAGAGCAUAUCCAGACGCGCAAUGGAAAGUUCAGGAAAUGUUAGAUCUACAAGAAGAAGGCCAAGGCUCCGGCUUAAUGUGGUGGACCUCACCGUCUUUAAAUGGUUCUACAGAUCUCUUAGUACCGCCUGAUCUUCUUGAAGAUGUGAGAGCUCAUUUGAAAUCGAAUAAAAUAGAAUAUGAUGUGAUAAUUUAUGAUUUACAGAAAGCAAUAGCUUACGAGAACCCAAAACUGUCUAAAAAGCAAAGAAUCGAACUUGAGCAUCUUCGCGGUCACCCGAUGACUUGGCGGCGAUACCACCGCUAUGCAGACAUCCUUCGCUAUUUGGAAUACUUGCAACUUUCGCACACAGAUAUCGUGGAAUUGGUGCCUUUAGGGCGAUCGUCAGAGGGCCUACCACUAGUCGCUGUCAAGGUUUCUCUACCAUCAAAUGAAACACAAGCCAAAGAACUAGGAGGAAGGAGUGAAAAGAGAUGGCGGCUAAAAUCUUUUAUGAAGCCAGCUGUUUGGUUGGACGGUGGUGCUCACGCCCGCGAGUGGAUAGCGCCCGCAGUAGCCACCUGGAUGCUACACGCGUUAGUGGAAGGCGAAAAAGGCUUAGGUCCUGAUUACGAGUUGCUAAAAAUGGCGGACUUUUACAUCUUGCCAGUAUUGAACCCUGACGGCUAUGAACAUUCGCAUACACAUGACAGAUUAUGGAUGAAAACGCGUUCCCGCUUCCAAGAUCGUUCUGAUGAUUACUACGUAGGCUGGUUUCCGUGGAACUGGGGCAGUACUGAGUGCGUGGGCGUGGACACAGACCGCAACUGGGACUACCGCUGGGGCGAGAUGGACUCGUCGCGAGACCCCUGCGAGGAUAACUACGCCGGGCCUCAUCCGUUUAGCGAACCUGAAACCAGAGCUGUAUCGGAAUUCCUUGCUGAACAUAGAGGUCAAAUAAAGGUAUAUUUAUCUUUUCACGCUUAUACUCAAACGUGGUUAACUCCGAGUACUGAGGCCCUAACAUCUUACGGUGACGAUGGCAUUAUGAUGGAGAUGGGAAAACUAGCUACAGCCGCACUGGCUGAUAUGUAUGGAUCUAAAUACCAGGUUGGAACAGCUGCAGAGUUUCGUAAGCCGGCAUCUGGCAUGGCACAUGACUGGGCCAAAGCUCGCGCAGGCAUCAAAUUUUCCUACCACGUUGAUUUGCGCGACUCUAUUGGACGACACGGUUUUUUGCUGCCCGGUUCGCAAAUCGUACCCACGGCGCGCGAAACCUGGCAAGCGGUCAAAGCGAUUGUCGAUAAUUUAACGCCCGGAUAAAAAAACUUGUCGGUUUCUAGAUAUCUGACACACUUAUUGAGUUCUAGAAACUUAUAGUCAUUCGGAAUACACUAUUGUACAUGAAAGAAGGUUUUAUGCGCCUGAUUAUAAACUGGUUGGAAGAUAUUAUUAAUCACGUGAAAGACUUGAAUUAUUGAUAAUAAGAGAAUUUUGACUUGAUAUGUUCUUUUUAAAAUGUUUGUGUCCUGGCAGUUUUUAUAACGGUAUUAGACUUGAAAUAAAAGAAUUGGUGGGAAUAACUCGGAAGGAAAUUGUACUGCAAAUUUGCUCAAAAAUGCAUUUAAAAUGUAAUUAUAAGACAUGAUACCUUAAAGGUAAUUGUUAGGAAUAAGUUAUUUUUAAUUGUACUAACGUUUAUUUUUUUAAUGGGAGAAAACAAUAAAAAAAUGG